UCCGUGUGGCGCUGCUGCCGUGCGUCGCCGCUGGUCCACUCAGAGAACCCACUGCAGCUUCUCCUCGACACGCUUUAAUCUCUUCUUUUUGUUCAAGCAUUGUUUACAAUGUGAAGAAAAUGGCCGGGACAAGUUCUGAUUGGGUGGAGAUCUUGGAGCCACGCUCUCGUGAGCGUAUGUAUGUGAACUUGACCACUGGCGAAUGCGGCUGGGAUCCCCCAACUGGAGUUCCCGUACGCCAGGCAGACGGUAACCAGUGGUGGGAGCUGUUUGACCCUCACAGUGGUCGUUUCUACUAUUACAACUCCACUGGGUGCCGCACCGUCUGGCAUCGACCCCAAGGAGCCGAUAUAGUCCCUCUCUCGCAGUUGCAGGCCAUGAAACGUGGCAAUGAGGCAAGGCGGGCAGGAGCAGCCAUGGAAAAGCACCACCAUGGGACCACUGGGAGUAACAGCAGUGUUGGGAGCCAAGCAGGCUGCGCCCCUGCGCUGGAGCAUGAUGUAGACACCACUAUCCCUCGACCCCAAGAGACCAGUGAGGAGGCUGCGAACCCUCAGCCGGUGCCGGCAGUGGACAACAGAUCACAGGGAGAUGGCAACACCACCGAAAACAGCACAGAUGGCAGCAAAGAAUCACAGAGGGGUGUGUCUCAAAGAUGGCAGCCUACACCGGGUUCUAAGGCAGCAAUGCUGGUAAAGGUGAACAGCAUGAGCCGUGGCCAUCCCAGCCCAGCCUUGCAGCAGCACCAUCGGCAGAAUACACCGAGCAAAGCCAACUCCUUCAUUUUGCAGCCCCCUGCCAACAGUACCCAAGGAGGUCACUUAAGCAACUCUCAGGCAUAUAAAACUGGCCCAUCUGGGAAAAUGGCAGCUGACUCACGUCAGGUGCAUCAUCUGAGAAAAGCCAGUAAUGGCAGCUUCUGUUUGGUGACUUCUGAGAAUAGCCAUCCCAGCCCACAUCUUCAUAGGUCACAGACCAGUACGCCACAUCCUGUGUCUCCUCAGUAUGGUUGCACUGCUCCAAUAUAUGAUGAGCCAGUUUCAGACUAUCCCAUAUAUGAUGAACCACCAAUUGACAUGGAGGUAGAGGGCGCACACCUCUACAAUGGGCAACUGUUGUCUCGCUUGACACCUACCCAAAGCCUGCAGAAGUCCAGACUACUCCAGCACCCUGGUUCAUCUAAUCCAGGGUCCAAACACAAGAGAAAUCCUUCUGCAUCAGACUACAGUCCAGCUGGUCUGGAGUGUAUCAAACAUAUGGUUAAUGUGGAUCCCAAACAGGGCCUCACACCUGGUUCUCCUGAACCCACACAAACCCCAUCUCCUCCUGCAAGGCAGGAGCCUGUUGCUACCCAGCCUCAUUCACAUCCUCAGCCCCAGGCCCACUCUCUGCCCCAGACUAGGGGGCAGGUGAGGGACAGAGAGUCAAGCAUCCCAGGACCAAAUACACUGGAAAAGAAACAAAACUGGAGGAUCUUAGAGGCCACUGUGCAGCGUGCCAUGGAGGCACGGCACAGUAGACAAAGCAGCCAGGCAUCACAGGACUUUCCCUCCUCAACUCCACAGGCAACAGCAAAUUAUCAAGACUCUGGCUACUCCACUGGCCCCUCCCCAAGUCUGAGACGAAAGACCAGAAGGAGGGUAGGAGCUCCGGGUGGAGUUGGGGGCAGACCGGGGUCAGUAGGCAGCAGCGGGGAGCUGUCCACCCUCAACGAGAGGCUGAUGGCUGAGAUGAGGGAGGUGGUAAGUCGCUCCAACACAAUGAGGGAGGUGAGGGCAGGACUAGAGCCAGACGUGGGGGACAUGGGAGUGGUACCUCACACACGAUCCCCUGCAGACUCACUCAGGUGGUAUGGAGGAGGUGAAUCAGCAGGCAGAUGUGCAUCACGAGAGGACCUUACUGGUAAUACCCGAUCCCAGAGUAGAGCAAGCAACCACAGCAAUCCUAUGUUAAGCCCCGUGGAGAUGUCAGGGAGGCAGAAAAGGACCUAUGAAAAAGUGGACACUUUGGAAAUCGGUGUCAUCAGCCAGGCCAUCUUAUCUUCACCGGAAACCCCGGGUCCUCCCUCACAGAGAGGUACCCUAGAGCUGCAGGCUGAAUUAGAGAGCAGGAAAAAAGGCAUGGUGGAUGGGCGGACAGCUUCUCUGGGUCCUCACCGCUCCGCCACCCAUGACAACAGAGAAGGCAGUGAUGGGGCAGGACGUUCCUCCUACCAGCUCUCCUACGCCACGUUGCGACAGCCCCCAUCACCUGACAUGGGCAUGGAGGACUGGGCCAGCAAGCACCUCAAUAUGCACACACAAGGCCUGUUCCGUCGCCGUGUUUCCAUUGCUAAUAUGCUGUCGUGGAACCGUGGGUCCAUCAAAAAGCCCAUGCUUGUCACCAGCAAUCGGGCUGUCAGGAAGGAAGCAUGUGAGAUGUUUAAGCUGGUGCAGGCCUACAUGGGAGACAGACCUUCACGUCUGGACCGCCGGCAUUGUGCCCUACUCAUUGUCACCAAGUGCUGGGACAUGCCGGGGCUGCGGGACGAACUGUUCGUGCAGCUGGUGAGGCAGACCACGGGCAAUGCCAGUCCCAGGAGCUUGGCAGCCGGCUGGGAGCUGAUGGCUGUCAACUUGGGCUUUUUUGCUCCUUCGCCCAAAUUUCGCUGCUACCUGGAGGGCUACAUCCAGAGACACACAGAACUUACCAGCGACAAGAAAUGUGAGUCUCAGACAGAGCAACAGGUGACUCAGUUCAUACUGGAACAGCAGGAACUGAAGCUGAAGAAGAAUUCAAAGUCGAGAAAGAAGAGAAAACAGAACACAGAGGAGGAAGAGGGCCUUCCCAUUAGUACGUAUGCCAAGUUCUGCUAUCGUAAACUACAGAAGGUGGCUAUCACUGGAGGCAAAAAGGGCCUACGUAAGCCCACCUUGGAGGAGAUCGACCACAGCAGGCGGGCCAUUAUCACUCCCUCCCUGUUUGGCAGCUCGCUGGAGGAGGUGAUGGAGCGGCAGAGUGAACUCUUUCCAGACCGCAAACUCCCCUGGGUGCAGGUUCAGCUGUCGCAGUACGUUCUGGCUCUCGGCGGGGCCCAGACAGAGGGUAUCUUCAGAGUGCCUGGAGACAUUGAUGAAGUGAAUGCCCUAAAGCUCCAAGUGGACCAGUGGAGGAUCCCAGAGAAUCUGUCUGACCCCAAUGUUCCUGCCUCUCUGAUGAAGCUGUGGUAUCGGGAGCUGGAGGAGCCACUCAUCCCCAUGAAUUUCUACAAGCAGUGUGUCACCAACUGUGAUGAUCCGGUGGCAGCCAUCGCUGUGGUUCAGUCUCUGCCUGAGCUCAACAGGCUGGUCCUCUGCUACUUCAUCAACUUCCUACAGGUGUUUGCUCAGCCGGCCAAUGUGGCUAUAACAAAGAUGGACGUGAACAACCUGGCUAUGGUGAUGGCCCCCAACUGCCUCAGAUGCCAGUCUGAUGAUCCACGAGUCAUUUUUGAGAACACGCGCAAAGAGAUGGCCUUCCUGAGAAUGCUCAUUGUUCACCUGGACACCAGAUUCAUUGACGGCGUGGUUUAGAUUCUUUAGAGUCUAUACCAUAAAGACACCACAGAUGCUGGACCAGUCUUCACCCACUGCAGUCAGACGUCUAUAAUCAUGUAUAAACGCUGACUGUGUUUAAACCACACUGGAAACUCUUCGGUGAGAUAUCACACCUCUCAGCAGGAAACAACAUCACGGUAGCUUGGACUUUGGACAUUGUGCUGUCCUGCUUUCUUCCUGGGAGACACUGCACAUCAGCCGAGCAUUAGCUGUAUUUUUGAUCUUAGAAUCAACAGUGAUGAAGAGCAGAGUAGCAAGUUUGGGAAGCUGUCGUUUGCUUUAAAGCCAUUCUGUUUUAUGGCUGCAUUUUCUAACUGCUGCAUGUUGACAGUGUUUCUGAAUCAGCCGUACUAUGGUAUCAAACCAGGGUAUUGCAGUAUUGAUUUCAGAGAUAUUCACUUGUACAAGAAAAAGAUAACAGUGUGUGUCUGUGUGGGUGUGUUGUCAGAGUGUGAACACAAAUGCUUUUUUUAUCAUGUACAUAAAAUGCUAAAUAUGAAAAGUAAAAGGAAUAUUUUAAGUGUGUGUUAUUACUAAGAUUGCCGGUGCUGUUUUGACAAGUUGUACUAAUAGCCGUUCUGCUUCUCUUUCAUUUCAUGAGAUCAAAUAAAGUCACACCACCAUAAAUUAUUUCUGACAG